AAUAGCAUUGUUUUUUUUUUCUUUUUUUCUUUUUUUAACGGCCAUACGAGCGUGACGGCGUUACCCUUUCCAAAGCCGUCCACGACAUCUUCGAUCUUGACGGGUGCAAAGGGCUCUCCCUAGUCAAUUAAACGAGCUACGUACAAAAUUGGCUCUCAGGAGAUCAGGGAGAGGGAGAUGGUGAGCAAUACAGAAGAGAUCCAGUUGAACAGGCUCGAGAACCAGGUUGACAAUGGAGGCGGAGGGGCUUGGGACUACCUCUGCCUUGUCAGGAAGCUCAAGGUUAGGCGCUCCGAGAAGGUUUUGAAACAUGGGUUGUCGAUCUUAAAUGACCCCAAAAAGCGAUCUAGUCUUGGUCCAGACGAAUGGACUCUAUAUGAGCAAGUAGCUAUUGCAGCUAUGGAUUGCCAAUGCCUUGAUGUUGCCAAGGACUGCAUAAAGGUUUUACAGAAGAGGUUUCCUGAGAGCAAAAGGGUUGGCAGGCUGGAGGCAUUGUUGCUUGAAGCAAAGGGUUUCUGGGAAGAGGCAGAAAAAGUAUACUCAAGCCUCUUGGAGGAUAACCCACUUGAUCAAGUAAUACAUAAGAGAAGGGUAGCCAUGGCAAAGGCCCAAGGAAAUAUUUCAGGGGCCAUUGAGUGGCUAAAUAAAUAUCUUGAGAUAUUUAUGGCAGAUCAUGAUGCCUGGAGGGAACUUGCUGAGACAUAUGUCUCCCUACAAAUGUACAAGCAAGCAGCAUUCUGCUACGAAGAGCUCAUAUUAUCUCAGCCAACAGUUCCACUGUAUCAUUUAGCCUAUGCUGAUGUGCUUUACACACUUGGCGGGCUAGAAAACCUUCAGACAGCAAAGAAAUACUAUGCAUCCACUAUAGACUUGACUGGGGGCAAGAAUACAAGGGCGCUUCUUGGUAUAUGCUUGUGUUCCUCUGCCAUAGCACAACUUUCGAAAGGUAGGAACAAGGAAGACAAGGAGAACCCAGAGCUACAAUCUUUGGCAGCAACAGCCUUGGAAAAAGAAUACAAGCAGAGAGCUCCCACAAAGCUUGGUCUGCUUAUUUCCACAUUAAAAAGUUUGAAAGUUUAGUUUUGGCACUUAAUGCCUUUGAUUGAAGAUAAUAUCAUCCAAUGUUCAAAAAUCGAAAGGGGGUUAUCAGCCCAGAAAUGUUCUAAAAUUUUCAAAUAUUUCAGUUUCAGUCACAGUUACAGUUGAUUGUAUUCUCCAGGAUGCUACCAUGGCAAACUAGAAAUGCAGAGAUCAAUUUUCUAGCUUCAACUUUUCUAUUCUUCUCUUGUUUUCAUUUCAAACAGACCCAAGGUUUCCAUUUGCCAAAUAGCAUAGCUCAAUAUUAGCUUUGCUUACUUUCUUGAACCUUCUAAUAAUAUUAAUGUUGUUUU